AUGCGUCAACCACACGGUAACCAGCUAGGGGCAUCUCACCAGCACCGCGUUCCCGGCCUAAAGCAACAGGAUCCCCGCCGAGGCGACGCAGGGAAGGACGCAGCCCGCGAGACUGAAAGGUCAUUCAGUUUCAUCCAAAGCCAUGGGGUUCACACGCCUUGCUGUGGUGCUGUCUGUCACCAUGGUACACCUUGUUUCAGGCAUGAGCUUCAUGACUCCUGAGCCCGAUACGCCACCAACACCAUCCCCAGACUCCUACCCGCUGGGUGGCCUGAUCCAUGCCGCGCUCCAGAGUAAGGAAUACUUGGGACGGGCGUCUGCGGCCGCUGGCACGACCACCAACCCGACUCAAGCCGUGCCUGGGCUGGGGCAGACGGAGUCGACGGCGACGGCCAUAUCUCCGGGGCUUCUCACCACAGCUUUGAGCUCCUCUUCUGCUGCGAGCCAUGCAGGAUCAAGACCUCUGUCCUCACUGCCCUUAGAGGAGGAAACAACCACCACUCUGAUUACCACCACCACCAUCACCACCAUGCACGUGCCAGUGCAAUGCAACGCAACUUUGUCAGCGAUGGAGGACGUGGUGGAGUCGCCAGAUCCUGCUGCAUCGUCCACCUUUUCUCCGCUGGAGUGCACCUACAGCAUCACAGUGUAUCCAGGCUAUGGCGUUGAAAUCGAGGUGAGGAAGGCAAACCUUUCGAAGGAAGAGUCUCUGUCCAUCAUGGGACACGGGGGUUCGGGACCUGAGCUGUUGGCCAAUGAGACUCUGAUGAAAGAGGGCCAAGUGAUCCGCAGUACGACCAAUCAGGUGUACAUCCACUACCGCAGCCUCCGGCAGACCAACCAUGGCAUGUUCAGCCUCCACUAUCAAGCCUUCCUGCUCUCCUGCCCGUUCCCUCUGUCCCCCGAGAACGGCGGCGUGACGGUGACCGACAUCCAUCCUGGGGGUCAAGCCCACUUCCACUGCGACCCGGGAUUCCAGGUCCGCGGCCAUGAGGUGGCAACCUGUCUCAACGCCACACAACCCCGCUGGAGCACUGCCGAGCCUCACUGUGUCGCCGUGUCUUGUGGAGGGUGGAUUCGUAAUGCGACCGUGGGACGGAUUCUGUCUCCGCCCCCUCCAUCUGUCAGCAACCACAGUAAUGGAAAUAAUCUGAGCUGCCACUUGAUAGAAGCCAAAGAGGGACACAGGCUCCACCUACACUUUGAGAGGAUUGCACUGGAUGAAGAUGACGACAAGAUAGUUGUGCGCGGUGGGAACAACUCGCUGUCUCCACCACUGUUCGACUCGGAUCUGGAUGAUGUCCCAGAGCGUGGGCUGCUGAGUGAGAGCUCCACGCUGUACCUGGAGCUCACAGCUGAUUCCUCCUCCAUCCCUCUGCUGCUGGCGCUGCGAUAUGAGGCCUUUGACGACGAGCACUGCUGGGAGCCCUACAUGCCUCAUGGGAACUUCAGCAGCAGCGACCUCACGUAUCAGCUGGGCACCACCGUCACCUUCACCUGCUCGCCAGGCUUCGUCAUGGAGCAAGGCUCAGCCACCAUUGAGUGCGUCGACCCCAGCAACCCCCACUGGAAUGACAGCGAACCGGUGUGCAGAGCUCUGUGUGGAGGGGAGCUGACCGAGCCCUCGGGCACCAUCCUGUCUCCUGACUGGCCCCAGAGCUACUCCAAGGGGCAGGACUGCGUCUGGCAGAUCCACGGCAACGAGGAGAAACGCAUCGAACUGUACAUCCAAAUCUUGAAUAUUCGCCAAACGGAUGUGCUGACCAUUUUCGAUGGCCGCGAUCUCACGUCUCAUGUGAUUGGCCAGUACCUGGGUUCCAGGGAGCGCUUCUACGUGGUUUCGGGGGGGUCGGAUGUCACCAUUCAGUUUCAGAGCGACGCAGAUGAUUCCAGUUUCAUCUUGAGCCGAGGAUUCCUCAUUCAUUACCACGAGGUGGAGCCGAAUGAAACCUGCCCGGCGCUCCCCCAGAUUGAGUUCGGCUGGAUCAGCUCUUCACACGCGUCCGUGCGAGGCAGCGUCCUGACCUAUCAGUGCCAGCCAGGAUAUGACAUCAGCGGCUCUGACAUCAUCACCUGCCAGUGGGACAUGUCCUGGAGCAGCAGCCCGCCCACCUGUGUCAAAGUUCAGCAGUGUCCUGAUCCGGGCGAGGUGGUGAACGGAGCGCGCUCGGUGCGCCCCGAAGCGGGUUUUGCCGUCGGGACGGUCGUCCGCUUCUCUUGUAACCAGGGUUACCAGCUGGAGGGUCCCAGCCAGAUCUCCUGCCACGGGCGAGACACCGGCACCCCCAAAUGGAGCGACCGCAGCCCCAAGUGUGUCCUGAAAUAUGACCCGUGCUCGAACCCCGGCGUCCCCGACAACGGUUAUCAAACCCUGUACAAGCACAGCUACCAAGCCGGAGAAACUCUGCGCUUCUUCUGCUACGAGGGCUACGAGCUGAUCGGCGAGGUCAUCAUCAGCUGUGUUCCUGGACAUCCGUCCCAGUGGAACAGCCCGCCGCCGUUCUGCAAAGUGGCGUAUGAAGAACUUUUGGAUGAUCACAAAUUAGAAGCGGCGCAGUCCGUCCCGCGGCCCCAUGAGAUCCUGAGUGAGAACAUUGUUUUAGCAAUAAUUGUCCCAAUCAUCCUCGUCAUCCUUCUGAUUGGAGGAAUUUACAUGUACUACACAAACAUAUGCAGACUAGAAUGGAAGCCACUCUUCUGGAAGUCUCUCUCUCACACACACUCCUACAGCCCCAUCACAGUCGAGUCUGACUUCAACAACCCUCUUUAUGAAGCAGGGGAUACACGGGAGUAUGAAGUCUCCAUUUAAAGCAGAAAACAUCUUGGUGAGAAAGGAAACGCAGAAAACAACUCUUUGGGGAGACAGAUCUCUUCUCAUUAUAAGGCCUCACGCCACCUUCUUUCAUGAUUUAUGUUUUUUUGUUUUUUUGUUUGUUUGUUUGUUUGUUUGUUUGUUUGUUUUACUUCAUGGCAUAUCUGGUUCUUUGAUUGAGGAAGUGCUUUAUUUAAACGAGUUGCACUGAUACGGUGGUCCGAAAAAUGUGAGUCCGACUUCACAGUCCAACUUUCUGUAUCUUUUGGGACUGGUGCCUUAUAAAGGGUAAAAAUUGACAACC